AUGAUUCUACAAUCACUGCAAGGUCAAGAGCCUGAAGCUAAGGAUAGGGAAGCCAGAGUCAAGCAGCUUAUGGCAUUAUUGGACGGUAAAAAAUACCUACUGGUCUUGGAUGAUGUGUGGAAUAAGGAGUCCAUGCUAUGGAAUGAUUUUCUUGGGUCUCUGAAAGGUACUAGCCAAGCCAUGGGGAGUUGGAUUCUCGUAACCACUCGUGAGCAACAGGUGGUAGACAUCACCAGAAUUUCUUCUCCUCAGAGUUAUUCCUUGAAACAAUUAUCAGAUGAUCAAUGUUGGCGCAUUCUCAAAGAAAAUGCAUUUUGUGGUGGGGAAGUGCAGGAUGGGCUGCAAGAUAUAGGGUUGAAGAUUGCGCAAAGAUGCCGAGGCUUACCAUUGGCUGCAAGUGUUCUCGGUGGCAUGCUGCACAACAAGGGACCAGAUGAAUGGCAAAGCUUAGAGAGUGGGCUUCAAAGUUUAGGCGGAGAUGAAAAUAGUUACGUCAAAGAAAUUUUGAAGUUGAGUUUUGAUCAUCUCCCAUAUCCUUCUCUUAAAAAGUGUUUUGCAUAUUGUUCAAUUUUUCCCAAGGAUUUUCAAAUGGAAAGGAAUGAAUUAAUCCAACUUUGGGCAGCAGAAGGAUUUCUUCAUUCAAAUCCAAGAAACGAUAUACAUAUGGAGGAAGUUGGUAACAGGUAUUUUACCAUUUUGUUGGAUAGUAACUUAUUUCAAGAGGCAGAGAAGGAUGAUUAUGGGAAUGUUUUGAAUUGCAAAAUGCAUGAUCUUGUGCAUGACAUGGUGCAAUCCAUUUCCAAUUCCAAAACUUUAAGGUUGACAGAGUCUGGUAGUGUUCUUAUGGAAACGUCUUCUAUUCAGUAUCUUGCACUGGAGAGAAGUGAAAAAGAAAUGCCAUUUCCUUCCACUGAAAGUUUCAAGCAUAUUACGACAUUGUUUUUGCAAGGAAACAAAUCACUUAAUGACAGGGAGAUGUCAUUUUUUAUGUUGCGAGUUUUGAAGUUAAGGGCAUCGAGUGUCGAAGAGCUUCCUAAAUCAAUUGGCAAGCUAACUCAUUUGCGAUAUCUUGCUUUGUUAGGGACUUCAAUCAAAAUAUUGCCGGAGUCUCUGUGUCAACUUUACAAUUUGCAGACAUUAAGAGUUAAAUAUUAUUAUCGCUCAUUGAAAAAGUUUCCUAAGAAUUUCAAGAAUUUGGUGAAUUUAAGGCAUUUUGACUUUUUCUCUGAGGAUAAAUCAAGUGAUAUUAUGCCUUUUGAGAUCGGACAGUUGCAGUUUCUCCAAACUUUGCCAUUUUUCAAUAUUGGUGAAGAAAGAGGUCGACAAAUUGGAGAAUUGAGGAAUUUGAAGAAUCUCAGUGGACAACUUGAGUUACGUAAUCUUGAAUUAGUGAAAAGCAAGAAAGAAGCUGAGUCUGCAAAUCUGAUUGGGAAGCCAAACAUUGAUGAGUUAAAAUUACUAUGGAAUGAAAUAGAUAAUUCAAGAAAUAAUGAUAGUGAAUACAAUCAAGUGUUGGAAGGCUUGCAAGCUCACCAAAAUUUGAAAGGUUUGAUAAUUGAAAGAUUUUUUGGUGAUAAACUUUCGACAUGGAUCGGAGAACUUGGGAGAUUGGUGAAAUUCGAAUUGCAAAAUUGCAAAAACUGCAAAGAGUUACCAACUCUUGGAAACAUGCCCUUCCUCAAAUCUCUUCACUUGGAAGGACUUGACUGCGUAACAAGUAUAGGCCCUUCUUUUUAUAGCAGAUCAGGCGUGCAUAGUGGCAGGACCAGUCAAAGGCCCCUAAACUUGUUUCCAGCACUUGAAGAUCUCAUUCUAGAAAAUAUGCAAAAUUUGAGGGAAUGGACGGAAGCAACAGUUCAUGAUGGGACAAUGGUAGUGUUUCCGGUCCUUCAUACGGUAAGGAUUAUUGAUUGCCCUCAAUUAGCCACUUUUCCAAGUCAUUUUCCACAUCUUAAGGAAUUGAACAUCAAGAAAACCCAAAAUGGAUCAGCAUUAAUGACAUAUAUUUGUAGUGGAGUCAGCACUCUCACUAGACUUUCCGUUGAGAGUGUGACUGGACUCACCAAACUACCAAAUAUGUUAUUCCAAAACAAUCCCAAGCUUGCAAAUCUCGAAUUAAGAGAUUGUGGUGAUUUGACCCAAUUCUCGGAUUUUUCAUUUGAUGUUCCUCAAACUUCAAAAGGACCAAAUUACCAAUCAGUAGCUGAGCACACUUGUAUUGACAAUAAUGGUCCUCAACAUUUGGUUGGCCUUGAGUCCCUAGAGGUAUUAAAUGUUGGUGGGUGCGACUCGCUCGAGUCAAUUUCAAUCCCCAAGGGACGCAAAUACCUCACUGCCUUGCAAAAAUUAAGGAUUUUCUUUUGCUAUAGGUUGACCCACUUGUCCAUCCCCCAAAUAUUUGAGUCAGAGUGGGAUUCCACUUCACCCUUCUCCUCCUCUGGUAAUUGUCCUUCUCUUCUUCCUCUUGAGACAUUGCUUGUACUCCAUUGCCCCAAUCUUAUCUCCUUCCCAAUUGAUUUAACCCGAACAUCUUCUCUCUCUUACCUGGACAUAGAAGAGUGUAAGAAAUUAACCGACUUGCCCAAGGGGAAGCUUUGUUCUCUUACAACCUUGAGAGAAUUAUACGUCGGACCAUUCUCAGAAACCACCACAGAGCUGCAUUCCUUCGUAGACCUCUUUGAUGCUCUCCCACCACCACACCCCUACUUCCCCUCCCUUUCAAAAUUAGGUUUGUAUGGAUGGCCUCAUUGGGAAUCUCUGCCCGAGCAACUUCAGCACCUCUCUGCCCUAACAAUUCUUGGACUAGCUAGAGAAUUUACCCUCUCACCAAUCUAUGAAAAGCCUCACCAGACUAAGAGAGCUGCAGUUUACGAACUGUCCCCUUCUAAAGGAAAGAUGCAAUCCAAAUAG